AUGGUGACUAAACCUUCGAUUACUCAAUCUAUGGGAACCCAUUACUCUUCACAUUUUCUUGUCACUCAUCCGGAUGCAAAUGAGGGCAUUAUGCAUGCCCUGAUGAAAUCAUGGCGAAAUCACUGGUAAAACCCAUCAGCAUAAUAAGAUUCAACUUCGCAAAUGGUCGACUACAAAACAUUCAGGCCCUAUAUCAGCCCGCCGUUCCUUUCAACGAGAUCGAUCCUCCGAGGUGUCCGCCUGGAGUCUACUGAGCGUCAAGCUCCUCUGCUAGCCCGUUUUUUUUUUUACUGUUUUUAGUACCUUGUUUGAGUCGACUGUUGACCGUAAUACGAUGGUGGGUUGGGGGAUCCGAGUUUCCCUGCAUAUCUUGGUGCUGAGCGUGUACAGCAUUCAAUGCUAUCGGAGAAUUCGUAAAGUCAAUCGAUUUGAAAACUCGAUCCCCUUGGAGCAAUUGAUGGCCUUACCAGAGAUCGUCCAAGAGUGUGGCUGUGCCGCCUGCGGAUGCUUCCUAUGUUCGCAAGGAUGCAACUUCUGGCAUCUCUAUGCCAAACCAAUCUCAGAACAAAGCUAA